GGUAGAGAUUUUCCAUCAUCAGUCCAAAGAAUGGCAGCGUAGUGUUGUUGUGUCUUGCUUAGUGCUAACAUAUAAUUAUACAUUAUGGCUUCCUCGGAUUUUGUAACCGAGGUUGAAGUCCAACCAGAAAUACAGGAAGUGGAAAUAGAGGCAAUUCCUGUUGACAUGCCAGUGGAAAGUAUGGAACAAUACGAUGGACAGCCGAUAAUCGCUCUUCAACAGUUGCCUGAACCAGGUCGGGAAGAAAUUAUAUUUCAGACCCAAGAAGAAGUCGUCGGGGAACAGGAAAUCCCCUACGAAAUACCCGUGCCCGUAGCAAAUGACGUGAUGGUUGAGAGUUCGCCGGGGCCGUCGAAAAAAUCUCAUAAGAAAGGACAGAAAAGACGAAUGAAAGAUAUCGACGACUUCGCCACGAUUGCCUCAGGUGGACAGAAAUGGGAACAGAAGCAAGUCCAGAUAAAAACGCUCGAAGGAGAAUUUUCUGUGACGAUGUGGUCAUCAGGCGUUGACGAAGAUGACCUCAGUAAUCCAGAACCUGACCCAGAUUACACUGAAUACAUGGCUGGGUCCAAUAAAAAAUUUGCCGGUAUACCUGGGGUGGACCUGUCCGACCCAAAACAACUUGCAGAAUUCGCAAAAAUAAAGCCAAAGAAGUCCAGUACAGACGAUAUAGCGAGAACUAUUGCCUGUCCGCACAAAGGUUGUAAUAAAAUGUUUCGUGAUAAUUCAGCGAUGAGGAAACAUUUGCAUACGCAUGGGCCUAGAGUACAUGUUUGUGCAGAGUGUGGUAAAGCAUUCGUUGAAUCUUCAAAACUUAAAAGACAUCAACUUGUUCAUACAGGCGAAAAACCAUUUCAGUGUACCUUUGAAGGGUGUGGUAAGAGAUUUUCUCUUGAUUUCAACCUACGAACACAUGUACGUAUUCACACGGGUGACAGACCGUAUGUUUGUCCCUUUGAUGGAUGCAACAAGAAGUUUGCUCAGAGUACCAACCUUAAGUCUCAUAUACUCACUCAUGCCAAAGCAAAAAACAACAUGCGAGCAGCUGCAAAUACCACACCUCAGUACGAGACAGACUACAAUUCUACACAGCAAUUUGUACAAGUUGAAAUGCCCUCUCCAGAGGACCAGCAGUUUGUCAUCUACACUAGCUAAACUUACCAAGAUGCCAGUGGAUAAGUUGUUAUUAUAUUUACAGUUGUAUAUUUUCUAUAAUACAGUACUGUAUAGUUUUCUCACAUUUCCGGUGGACUUUUCAAACCUGUUGAGGUUAACUGAGAAAUAUUGCAGUAAUGCUUAAAGGAGUAUGAAUGCUAUUUAUUUUAUAGAGCUGUAUGAGACUACAUAGCAUGGAUGAUUGUACAAUCAUGCUGUGCUGUAAUGGAGGUGCCAUUUGAGGCGCUGUGACUGAACAGAAGGAAACCUCAAAGCACAAAUGUGUCAUGAAAAGUUUGAGUAAGCAAGUGGUUAUGUAAGUUAAGUGUAAAGCUAGGAUGUAAAGUACAACAUUGCAGGAAAACAAACUUGUCUGGGUGUUUUUUGACUGUGUCCAUUCUCGAAUAGUGAAACUCUGGAGACGACAUUCAUACGUUAUUUUCAUACUUCAGAUGUUCCAGAUAUUUUUCAUUUGACUCCAAGGUUGGUAUCUUGUGAUCUAAUUACAUUUACAUGUCAUAUGAUGCAUCCAUGAACCUACUUUUUAAAUUGUGUAGUUGUAAUUAAGGUAAAAAGAGGAAAAUGUGGAAUGUUUGCCAUCAGUAAAUUACAAUACUGGGUAGUAAGAUUCAGGUACUACUAAGGAUUACACUUUUGUUUGUGGUUCACCAAGAGUAUGACAGUGUGAUGUGCAAGAAAUUGUAAAACACUAGUCAAAAUAUGUGCUAGUGGAUGUUACUGUUAUAUUGUUCUGGGAGUUAGCGGUAUGUAUGGACAGGUGAAUAAGUACAUAGCUUGCUUCAGUCACAUCAGAUUCUUUCAUGUUAUAUUUGAGCAGAAUUUCAUUCUUAGUAUUUGGAAAAAUAAGUGAUUUGCUAUUCACUUGAAUUAAUAUAAUGAAAAUGCCCUUAUUGUAUCCAGUAAGUGAAUAAUGGCAAAAGAAAAAUAAUAAUUUUGUAACACCUGAUAUUUUCUUUUUGAUUUAGUAAUGGAGUAUCUGGGCAAAUGAAUGCACCAGUUGCAGUACUAAAAAAUUUUGCCGAUUUGUAAUAUUAAAACAAUAUUUAGUGGAAUACUCAAUUAUUUCAGUAUUGUAGCAUGGAAUCAUAUUCAGGCAAACACUCAUAUUUUCAGAACAGGAUGUUGAGAGUUCUAGAUUCAGUUCCCUGACAAGAAGUAGGCCAGUGAACAAGGCGCAGGAUUUGAUGUGUGAGAAAAAUGUUAUGUAGAUAAUUGGUUAAUUAUAGUCUGCAAUUCUAGAUGUCACUGGAAUGGUUAGCUAAAGAAUGGAGAUAGGUUAAGACAUCCCAACUGAUAUGGAGGGUUAGAAAGAUUGAUUUUAUAACCUGUGACAAAAAAUAAAUAAAUAAGCUUCUUGUACAAGUUGGACAAAUGAUAUGCUGUACCAUUUUUCAGUGAUCAGAAGUUUACAUUUUUUGUAUGGAACAGUCAAAAGAACAUUUCACCUGUCACAUCUAGCAAACAUUUUACAGUGAUGAAGCUGGCAGUUUAGUACAAUUAAUCAUUACAAAUUAUUUUUUUACAUUAUAUGUAAAACUCUUACCCAAAUCUUUUAUUGUUCAUGAGAAAAUUGUGUAUCAUCCAUGCAAAUAACCUGGUGAAAUGUUUUGCAUAAUAGAAGAGAAAAGGGAAAGGACAUCAAUUGCUCCUCCAAUUUGGAUUUUAAUUUUAGUAAUAACUGUAAACAACUUGUUAGGGAAAAGAAUGAGGUACCAACCAUUAGUACUUUAAAAUGAACACACAGUCUAUUUCCAUAAGUAGGAGAGACAAAGACAACACAGUGUGAAAUAAAAAUAAAUAGUAUUUAACUACAGGUAUUUACUGAAGACAACUUUUUGAAUUGGGAAUCAAUUUUGUGAGAAGCAGAUUCAAAAGAUCAUUCCAUACUGUAAUGAUGUUUGUACUACUUGUCAUUUGUAGCCUGGUUGUCAGUGUCUUGUUUUUUAUAUAGAAUAAAUGGUAUGAGUAACAUUAAUAUCUGCAAUGUUGAAGAUGCAGUGCAUUACUGGAUUUAAGAGUGCACCAUGAAUUCUUAAAUCCUACAAAAUAAGGUCAAAAAGUAUUGAUGAAAGUACAUGGUGGAGCAUAAAGGUUCAAUACGUCUAAGCGUCUCGUAGACUCCUCUUUCAGAAUGAUUUUUUUUCAACAAAUUUUACUAAAACUAAAAAAGAAAAGUUAAACAGCUUGUGACUAGCAAAUUUUGUUCACAAACAUCUUUUUCAGUAUACUGUUAAUACUGCAUAGUAUUAUUUGCUGGUAUUUUUAUAUUGUAUAUUUUACAAGAAAUUAUGUCAUUCCCUUUCCAUCAAGGGAAGUUUGGUUUUAAGUUUUUUUUGAAUAGAGAAUGUGAAAUUGUUAAAUGAAUCCCCAUGUGUGGAUACAGUGUUGAAAGGUUAGCAUUAUAUGCCCAGUCUCCCAUAGUAGUGGUGCAAAUGUUACUGAUAAAAUUGUAAAGUGUAAAUAGUGAUGUGAAAAUGAAGAUCUUUUGCAUGAGGGCAGCAAGUGAUAUCCUUUAAAAAUUCAGAAGAUAGCUGCUUGGUCAUUUGUAAUAUUUAUCUAAUAUUUGGAUAAAUAAAUCGAUAUUCUUGAAAAGAAAUAUUUUCAUGCGUGAUAAAUAGGUAUGAGUAAGAUUCUUAACAUGAGAAUAUUAGUCAAUAAAAGCUUUUUGUUAA